UACAAUUUUUUUUUCUGACAAUCAUUUAUUAAAAUAAAUUUGAAGUUUCUCGAUACUUAUAUAUACCCUCCUCAUUCACAUCUUUCUAUUCAUCAACAACAGCAAUUCAAGCAAUUGUCUCUGAGAGAUACAAAAAAUCCAAUCUUUUAUAAUCUGUUGUAUUUGCAUUAUCAAAUUCCAAACCCGAAAUGGCCAAGUUUUUCUCCCUUCCCACCAUCUGUCUACUACUAAUGCUGUCCCUAACUCUAGGUCUGGCCAACUCUGCUCGAAUGCUCGACCAAAUGAGCUCUCAGUUUACUCCUCCAGAAGAACUACCAAGUCUACCACCAAUGGAUGAUUCCACUUCUACAACUGUUUUACCAAGCGGCCAAGCUCCUGCUGUUGCGACAGAAUCCCCUCCUGUUGCAACAGAAGCUCCAGCUGCAGCUGCUGCCGAAACUCCAGAUGCUGCAGCAGAAGCUCCAGCAGCUGCUGCAGAAGCUCCAGUUGAGGAAGCUGCAACCCCGGAUAAUCAACCUGAUCAGCCUCAGCCAGACUCUACAACUACUGCUGCAGCAACCCCAGAGGAAGCUCCUGCAGCUUCACUCGCUGCAGGACCUGCUGCGCAAGGUGGUGCUGCAGGCGGAGCUGAGCAGCCUGGACACCCUGCUAUAUCCUUCUACAUGCAUGAUGUUCUAGGCGGGUCCAGUGCCUCAGGCAGGAUUGUCACUGGUCUAAUUGCCUCCAGCGACGUCAAUGGAAUCCCAUUCUCACAGCCAAACAACCAAGUGUUCCCAGUCUCCAACGGAAUUCCCCUCAUGAACAAUGGCAAUCUCAACAACGUCCUCAACAACAACAAUGUCCCCUCCUUUGCAGGACUUAACGGUCAGAACCAACAGCAAGUCGUACAAAACGCUGGCAACAACAAUGUUGUAAACGGUGGCAACAACAACCAGGCCACAUUUGUCAACCCUGGUCAGCUUCCCUCUGGUACAACCCUCCAGAAGCUGCUGUUUGGUUCCAUCACAGUCAUUGAUGACGAGCUCACUGAGGGUCAUGAGCUCGGGUCUGGCAUCAUGGGCAGAGGCCAAGGCUUCUACCUUGCUAGCUCCCUUGACGGAGAAAGUCACACCAUGGCCUUCACCGCAAUCUUCCAUGGUGAGGGUCAUGAACAAGAAACCGAUGACACCAUCAGCUUCUUCGGUGUCCACCGGACUGCCUCUCCAAUUUCUCAGAUGGCUGUCAUCGGUGGAACCGGUAAGUAUGAGAAUGCCAAGGGAUAUACAACUAUUGAAACCAUCCCUGAUCAGAACCAGCACACUACUGACGGCGUUGACACCGUUGCUCAUUUUAGUGUUUACCUUAUCUAGGUAUAACUGCAGAGUCCUGAAAUUUAAAUUUGUGUAAUUUGAUGCUUGUGCUUUUUUUAAGUUGGAGUUUCAUUCACUUUGUUGUACGUGUUAUGUAUGUAUAUUUAAGCCAUGUAAGUUAAUCAGAAAUUAUGUACUUAUUGAAAAUGAGUUUCUUGGAUUUA